GCUGAACCAUCUCCUCCUCACGUCCAUUCUGACUGCAGCCUGUGGUUCUGAUUCCACACUGGAGGGGCUCAGGAUGCUGUUGCUGCAAGCUGUUCUGCUUCUAUUAGCUCUGCCCAGUCACGGCCGGGAUACCUCAACUGAGGGGCCAGGAGUUGGGCUUCCCCUACCCAAGGGUGCCUGCAUGGGUUGGAUGGCGGGCAUUCCAGGUCAUCCUGGCCACAAUGGGACCCCAGGCCGCGAUGGCAGAGAUGGCACCCCUGGUGAAAAGGGUGAGAAAGGAGAUCCAGGUCUUGUUGGUCCUAAGGGUGAUACUGGUGAAACUGGAGUAACUGGGGCUGAAGGUCCCCGGGGCUUUCCAGGAACACCAGGCAGGAAAGGAGAACCUGGAGAAGGCGCCUAUGUAUAUCGCUCAGCGUUCAGUGUGGGACUGGAGAACCGGGUCACUGUCCCCAAUGUUCCCAUUCGCUUUACCAAGAUCUUCUACAAUCAGCAAAACCACUAUGAUGGCACCACUGGUAAAUUCCUCUGCAACAUUCCUGGGUUGUACUACUUCUCCUACCAUAUCACGGUCUACAUGAAGGACGUGAAGGUCAGCCUCUUCAAGAAGGACAAGGCUGUGAUCGUCACCUAUGACCAGUACCAGGACAAGAACGUGGACCAGGCCUCUGGCUCUGUGCUUCUGCAUCUGGAGGUGGGCGACCAAGUCUGGCUCCAGUUGUAUGGGGAUGGAGAGCACAAUGGACUCUAUGCCGAUAAUGUCAAUGACUCCACUUUUACAGGCUUCCUUCUCUAUCACGACACCAAUUGA